AUGCGUGCAUGCACAUACCGCACGGUAUUGCAUUGUAGAAUUAUACCUCAUUCGGAUUCACACAUGCUUUUUCUCAUUAAAUGGCUUUGGGCACAUGUGACCGCCAAGGGACCUGCAUCCCAUCUGGCUGGGUUCGUACUUUGUCGGAAGUGGAUGCUCUACAUCGGUCAAGCUGCCGGCCUCCUGACUGGCGGCAGCAUGAAGGUACACUUGGGCUUUGGGCAUGGGCAUAUGAUAAAAAUUGCUCUUUACUUGUCGAUACUCGUAAAUCGCAUAGACGAGAUUAUGCAAUACGAUCCUUCGCCAGAAUCCCCUCUGUACUUGGUCUAUUUUUACGAGAUCGAAACUAAGAGAGCAUUGAUUGUUUUCUCGGCCACCUACGCUCAACGGGCACGUUGA